CUGCCAAGGAGGACUAAGGGGUGAGAAGAGUGUGUUUCUUCUCCUCUUCUCCACUCUGGGGUGUUUUCUGGUUUUCUCUCAAGAGCUGUUAAUUUCAGCCCCCAACCUGAGGAUGAGGAGGAUCUAUUAGUGAGGAAGACCCAAUAAAAGAAGUGGGAACAAGGAGCAACAGGGUGGCAAAUUCUGUGACUGGCAGAGAAGCAGCAGAUCUUUUCUUUUUCUCCAGGAUCAAUCAAGGAGUCCUGUCUCCCAGCAGCAGCCAUGUGAGAGGAGCUGACAGCAUGCAGAGGAUGCCCAUAUCCAGUUAAAACAGAGCAGUCCUCCCCCUCUUCUCCUCCCCACGUGUUCCCUCCCUCCUUCCCACAUGAGGACGGGAAGAUGACUAUCACCAGCCGGCAGUCCUUUAAUGUCCUGACGGUCAUCUUCCUCCUACUGUCCACUGCAGCUCUCUCAGCUCAUUACCGCGUGUGCGAACCCUACUCGGACCACAAAGGGCGGUACCACUUUGGAUUUCACUGCCCGCGCCUCUCAGACAACAAGACCUACAUGUUCUGCUGUCACCACAACAACACGGCCUUCAAGUACUGCUGCAAUGACACAGAGUUCCAGAUGGUCAUGCAGGUCAACCUCACCACCACCUCAGAUGGUUAUGCACACAAUAAUUACACAGCCCUGGUUGGCGUGUGGAUCUAUGGCUUCUUCGUCAUGGUGCUGCUGGCCCUGGACUUCCUCUACUACUCAGCCAUAAACUACGAGCUGUGCCGGAUCUACCUUGAGAAGUGGGGUCUGGGCGGACACUGGCUGAAGAAAGCUAGGAAUCAGUGGCACAGGUCCAUGCCCGAGGACAGCGAGGUCCACGCUCAAGCCCAGCCCAUGGUCCCCAGCCACCACCAGCCCAGACACAGCCUUCGAGGAGAGAGCCACAGCCCGACGCUCCUGCCCUACAACACAUCCACUGCAUGAAUGCUGCUGCAAAUGGACAAACUGGAGAGUAGCAACACCUGGUUUCCUACAGUACACAGGAGAUGUCCCAGAAUCCCUCCUGUGUGGACUGCAGAUACAUCACCUAUAUUGGCCUGGUCAUACUGUAGUAGUUUGUAGUGACUACUGCCCCUACGUAAUGAGCACAAACACCCAAGGACUGACAGAAGCAGUUGUUAUAGAAUGAGAUGAUCAAAGAGGACUUUUCUGCUGCAGCCUCAGCAGUGGAGAGACAGAUAUGUUUUACUGCUCAAAGGGUUUUUAGCUAUCCUUGAAAACAUCUGGCACAGCCUGCAGCGUCCCCAACAAACCCAGGAUGAACUGGAACCCGAACCCUGCCAGUCUACAGAAACAGCUCCUCUUUCUACAGUAGAUAUGAAGUGUUUAUCACACCACUGUGUCACUUUGUGUUCAGUAGCAGUUAGACACAGUUGUGGAUUAUCUAUUUGGUGAAUUAUUUAUGUGAACUAGUAGGAGAAUUUAUAUGAGUGGCUAACUUUCUUGAACAUAUAACAGCUUAGGUUGAUGCUGAGCAUCUCACUUAGAAUGUUUUUGUUAAAACCAGACAAACAUGUCCUCAGUCAUGCUGAAAAACAGCAUCUUGUAAGAAAAUGUUUAACUCUCCUUUCUGCGGAACAAGGGAUUUCUCUCUACAGUGUCUGACAACCACACAGUUUAUCCUCAGAUGGCUCAUAAUCUUGACAUGAAGUCAUCCAGAGGUUCUGUCUUUUCAUCCAGAACAUUAUUGAGGAUCAUGGAUGCCUUUGCAGCAGCAGGAAGCUUUAUGCCAAGUUAAACACAUCCACAAUCUUUGGUGACAGGCCUUCAGACCAACAAUGAACCCAGGCCGUUACAUUUUAGGUCUAAAGCUGUACGGCAGCUUCAUUAGCAAUAUGAUGCAAACAAUUAUCUACAGGUCCUUCUCAAAAUAUUAGCAUAUUGUGAUAAAGUUCAUUAUUUUCCAUAAUGUCAUGAUGAAAAUUUAACAUUCAUAUAUUUUAGAUUCAUUGCAUACUAACUGAAAUAU